AUGAAAAAAUCUAACAAGAAAUUUGAAGGCGAGAGGUCUGAUUGUGAGCUGAGUUCGGACAGUGUUGGAGUUGAUUUUGAUGAUAUAAAUGACCAAAUUGAUGCAGAUUCUAUUGAAAAGAUUGAAGUUAUUGAUAUAAAUGGUAAUUUCAAAAGUGCCAAGGAAUUGGAAAAUUUUCUUUGGGACAUGGAGCAAUAUUUCUCUAUAGCCCCAGUUGUUGGGACGGACAAAAUAAACAUCACCACGGUGUACUUGACUGGUGAUGCAAAAUUGUGGUGGCGUACUCAGAAUGCGGAUGAUGAAAGUGCUGGACGUCCCAAAAUUGAUACUUGGGAUAAGUUGAAGAAGGAAAUGAGAGACCAAUUCCUUCCUAGCAAUGCCUCAUGGAUUGCUAGAGACAAGUUGAAAAGGCUAAGGCAAAUGGAAACGAUUCGUUACUAUAUCAAGGAAUUUACUUCUUUGAUGUUAGACAUCCAAAAUAUGUCUGAUGAAGACAAGUUGCAUAACUUUAUCUCAGGGAUGCAAGCAUGGGUCCAAAACGAACUACGGAGGCAGAAUGUCAAGGACUUGCUAAGUGCAAUAGCUGCCGCUGACUCGUUGAUGGAUUUUCGCUCAACUCGUUCUGAUUCUGACAUUCCUAGUUCUUUAAAGUCAAAGAAAAAGACUGAGAAGAAAUGGUAA